AUGAUUAAACGUGGAACUAUGGAGGCUGGGCAAAAAUGUUUUAGUACAACACCUCUGCAUAACCACAUCAAAAUAAAUCAUCCAAAAGAAUAUCAUAUAGAACGAAAUAAAAAUGAACAGAAAAAAAAAGCUCAUGCUGUCAAUAAAAUUACACCAGAAUUUUUUUCAACUAGUACUACAGUAAAAAAAGAGACUGUUUUGGAAACUUCUAUACAAACUUCAAUAGAUGAAUAUUUAAAGUCACAAAAGGUAUGGAGCAUUAAUGACUCUAGGUCGCAAACUAUUCAUCGUAAAAUUGGGUUGAUGAUGGCCUUAGACAACCAGCCAUUUACUUUAGUUGAAGAUACAGGUUUUAAUAACUUAAUGAACCAUUUAGAACCCAGAUAUUGCAUGCCAAGUAGAAAUUUUUUUUCUAAAACAAUAAUACCUCAACUUUACAUGGAGUUAAAUAAUAAAAUUUCUGAUAAAUUAAUAAAAACAGAUUACAUAAGCUUUUCUUCAGAUAUAUGGACAUGCCCAAUUUCUCAUGAAUCAUUUAUUUCAUUGUCUAGCCACUCCAUCGAUAAAGAUUUUAACAGAUUUGAUGUGGUAUUACAUGCUUCUCAUUUUCCUGAAAGCCAUACUGGAAUAAACAUAUCUAAAAAGUUAGAAAGUAUGUGGGAUAGCUGGAAAAUUCAAGCUGAAAGACAACAUAUUCUUGUAAGAGAUAGUGCAAGCAACAUGAUAAGUGGGAAUAAUCUAGCUGAAAUUCCCGCAAUCCAUUGUACUAUUCAUUUACUUCAAUUAGUUGUUUCAGAUUCAAUAAGUGAAAAUAUUGUAAUUGAUGUUCUUUCAAAAUGUUGUCGACUUGUAACUCAUUUUAACCAUUCAUCUCUAGCAUGUAACAACUUUAAACAAAUUCAGCUGCAACAAAAUCUCGACCCUCUUUGUCUUGUUCAAGAUGUCCCAACAAGAUGA